AUGAUCUGUGUUGAUUUCCAUCAGUUCCAAGACCCACUCCACAAACAGUGCAGAUCCUUGACCAAACUUCUACAAACCUUCGGACUCUAUGACAUUUGGCAAACAAUCCAUAACAAUGAUAAAGAAUAUACACACUACUCGCAGGUACAUAACAUUUAUUCGAGGAUCGACAGGUUCCUUAUGCAAAGUGCACAUCUAAACAGAGUCAUAACAUGCGAAAUAGAGACAUCUACCUGGUCAGACCACAACCCAGUAACGCUGACAGUUGCAGACCAUUACAAUUACAAAAACCGCAGUCCGUGGAGAUUAAAUGAGCAACUUUUACACGACCCCCAUUUCGUUCAAACCCUACAAAAGGACAUGCAGGCAUACUUUGAAGCCAACAACACCGACGACAUAUCCACAAUGACAUUAUGGAUGGCCCAUAAGCCGGUUAUUAGGGGCCUCUUGGUUCGAAAAGCCUCCUAA